AUGGAUAACCCUGUGCGUACGGACAAAGAGGACGCCUUCGCUCUUAAAGAGAAGGCAAACACAGGGAGAAAUUCACCGGUCACGGGUCGCACUACAAGACGGCGGUAUCCUUGUCGCUGUGCCGAGUCAACGGUCAACGAUUUCGCUCUCAGCGUUAACUGCCAAGGCCUGCCUCAAAUGUUCGGCGCCAACUCCGGCAUUGUACGGCGGGUCGUUUGGUUUAUCCUCAUCAGUGGAGGGCUAGCAUUGGCCAUAUUUCAGAUCGUGGACCGCAUUGAAUUUUUCCUCUCUAAACCAGUGGCUAUUCAGUCUGACGUGGUAUGUCCGACCUCCGCACUGUUCCCCACGGUCACUAUAUGUAACUUCAACGCCAUUCGUCUCAGCCGUGCCGAGAGUCUACACGUCAAAGGACUGGUAGAAGAUGUCUAUCCAUUGUCAAGGACUAUUAGUCCUAAUUUCACAGGUUACAGCUUUGCUAGAUAUGACUGGAAGUCGUUUUUCGAGUCUGUGGCUCAUGAAGCGUCGGCUAUCAAAGUGUGCAUUUGGCAGGGUACAAAAUGUACUGAGCAGAACUUCACCACCACCUUUACGGACAUGGGCGUCUGCUACUCCUUUAACACUGGCGAUGGUGCUGCCCUCCUCCGCAGUGACAGCAGUGGCAGUCAGUACGGGCUCAGUCUCACCAUGGAUGCCAUGCAACACGAGUACUUCAGAGGCUUUGCCGGGAUAGGAGCUGGCUACAAGGUGAUGGUGCACGACCCCCGGGAGCCCCCUUUGAUGGCCAAUCUCGGCUUCUCCGUGGGUGUUGGCAUGCACACACUGGCUGCCUUAAAAAUGUACAAUAUCAGUAACUUGGAUACGGAGAACUGGGGGAAAUGCCGUAGAAACAUGACACUGAAAUACUACGACUACUACUCUCACUCUGCUUGUCGCCUGGAAUGUCUGACAGACUUCAUUAUAAACAAGUGCAAAUGCCAGUUUAUCAAUAUGAGAGCUCCUAACGUACCGAUAUGCGACCCGAAACAAAUCUUUGAUUGCUACGAACCCAACCGGAAUGUGUUCAUAAAAGAAAAGGGCCAGUGCCAACAAGAAUGCCCGAUUCCCUGUGACUCCAUCACCUAUGACGUCAGUUUAUCUCAGGCACCUCUAUCUGAUUAUCACACCGGUACCUUUACAGUGAACAAUGUGAAACCUGACUAUAUCAAGAAUAACUUCGUCCAGCUUGAUAUAUUUUUUCAGGGUAUAUCUUAUGAGCGUUUGGAGCAGUACCCGGCCUACAACCCGUUCGCCCUGGGGUGUGACGUGGGUGGGGCCAUGGGGCUGGUCCUGGGGGCCAGCGCCCUGACGCUGUGUGAGAUAAUGGAUUUUGUCAUCGUUUGGGCUCUGAGAGGAAAAGGAAAACGUUUAUGCUAAAAUCAUCAAAAGUUUGUGUUGAUAUUA